AUGUCACUAAUAUUCUUCGUGCUUCUCUUCUCUGGAGCGAAGACAGAAGAAGCCACGCCGUCUUCUCUCCUCAGUCCUCGGCACUUCAACCACCACGCCUUCGCUGCGAAGUAUGGUCAGGACUUCAGGGUUCCUGAGACUACCAAGCAAGGCCCAGUGCUGUUCCCUAACGACGCGCCGCCACCACCCCGGCCACCCCUCAUCGUGACCUCCCGUCCCCUCCUGGAGUCGAUAGCCAGGAGUGACCUGAACACCGACCCUCAGAACAACACCAUUCCCCAGGGAACCCAGAUCAGCUCCAUCAUCAAGCCCUUCCUGGCCAGGGUGAAGGAUUACCGGCCCUUCGCGUAUGCGAUAGCCACGCCGCCGACCCAGGACUAUGAUUAUGAGAGAUAUGAUGAUUAUGAGCACCAGAAACCAGUGCUGCCGCCGAUCUACAAAGCUAUAGCUGACCACGCCAAGCAGAAGGUCGUCAAGAUACAGCAGCAGAGGCAGAAGGAUCGGUAUGAGUACCAGCAGGUUAAGACUCCCGAUUACUACAAUCAUCAUCAUAAGAGCAAUGAUAUUAACAGUCAUGAUGAAAGUGAUGGUAAUGAUGAGCAGAACAAAAACUACGCGUUCUCAUACCGUGUGAAAGACCAGAAGACUGGCGACGACUUCUCUCACCGACAACACAGUAAAGGGUCGGCCACCAACGGAGAGUACCGGGUUCGACUCCCAGACGGACGCAUGCAGAUUGUUUCCUACACAGCCGACGAAAAUGGCUACCAGGCUGAUGUCAGAUACGACGACGAAGACAAAACCUCUGGCAACAGCAUAGACAAUAACAAACAUAACUAUAUUUAUAACCAAAAUGAUAAUUAUCAGCAUAAUAAUAAAAUAAACGAUCAUCACAACUUUGACGAUCACCAAACAUACGACAGACACAAUUACGAUUACAAACACAAUGAUUACGACAAAAACAAAUACGAUCGUGAUUACAGUCAGCAAAGUGAUUACAAAGCUGAUUACAGAACUGAUGUGAAGAGUCCAAGCAAUGAUUAUUAUAAUCAAUACUCUGACGGGUCUAAAGAGUAUUAUAAUGAUGAUUUCUCUAAAGAGUUCGAAAGCAAAAGUUACGAUUAUGCCCCACACAAAAGCAAAUUCUCUUCUUUCAUUGAAGACCAAAAUACUAAUGUUAACCAAAACUUAAAUAUAGGAUCAGUAUCUACAGUUAAACCUUCUUACGAAGAACUAAAAGACUUACUAGUAACCAAAAAUGCAUACAAUACAGUACAGCCAUCAUAUUUUACCAGAGCACCAGUUUCAAUAAACGUACCAUCCACCACACCUAGUUCUUUAAACUUUGGUUCUACCACAGAAAGGGUUGUUUUAAUAGGCGGUAAAAAGACUAAUUUCUAUACAAAUAUUAGGAACGUGCCCCUAGUAAGCACUGUUCCAGUAUCAGUGACAGAAUCACCUGUGAAAUAUGGAACAGCUAGUGAUUUUUCGGUCUCGCCGACGCCAAUGAGUUACUUAGUAUCAACUAUAGCUAGUUUGAGAAAUAGAGUUGACUUAUCUGGACCGAAACCGGUUUUGUCUAACAGUUAUAUUGAUAGAAUUAAUAAAUAUUUAACUUUUAACAAAUAAUUUGGAAGUUUAGAAGAAAAUAUUUCGCAGUUUAGAGUCAAUAGGCUUGUUUUUUGCGGGAUAAAGUAAUGCAGGAUCUUACAAAACGGGACUUCCAUUCCAUGUGACACAUGUUUGAAAUUCGAAUUACAAUUUGGAACAAAUCGGUUUUUUUGCGGGACACUGCAAACUGGAUGUUCGUGUGAACUGUGAACGUUAAUAUUAUAAAAAAACAAAUCCUGCAAAAAACGGGAUGUCUCCGUGAGAACGAGCCCUAAUCUAAAUGGAUUUUUUAAUUAAUUGCUAUGUGUGCUAUAACUUAUUUUCGAUUGCUAAUUUUGUAUAUUGUAGGUAAGUAAUAGAUAGUAGGGUAGGUAUUUCCUUCAAUUGAUCGUGUAGGUUAAAUGAAGUACGAGUAAGUACGUUCAAACCUUGGUACUUUUCUGACCAAUUUUUUCCCUGAUUUUCUUUUUCAAGGAUGUUUCUCAAGGGGAUUUCUUAUUUUUCUUUUCUAUCAUUUAUAUCUUUUCUAACCUAGAGUCAUCCUACGCUAAAAAAUAAACUUUCUUUAAAUUAAAACCAAAACUGUAAUGGGUGACUUGUCUAGAGUCUAGACUAAAGGCUCAAGUCUUAAAGUCAGUUGAAUUACAAUAUUCUACACGCUUUUGAGUGUAUUACUUGAGUGUAACUUGAUAAUACGAUCCUAAGAGCCUUAGGCUUUGACAUGGCUCAAUAGGACAGACGACUUAAGUUGCCUGCCAGUUUAGCUUCAUAUUUCUUUUUCUUAUUUACAAAUCUUUUAUUCAGUACUUAGGCCCGUUCCAGGGCACUUAUACACGUCCCAAAUAUAGCUUGCCCUACCACAACUUCGGGACAACAUUAUGGGCUGGUGCAGAGAAGAAGUGGCGGAAGAAACUCGGUCACCUCUUUUUCAAUUAAAUUCAGGUUUAUUCAAGCAUUGUCCUAAAUAAGUAGGAGCAAAUACAUACAAAAGUGACUUUCCAAAUGUCCCAUCUGGGAAUCGAUCUAAGAACAUCUGAGUUAAGUGAGUUCAACCACUCAACAUAUUCUAACCCUUGAUCAAAGACGUUCGUAAAAUACUUAGAAUGAUGCUUUUCUAUAAUUAAUUAUUUAGUUUUAAGGAAGUUUAACCAAUUAAAUUAAUUUAACAUGCAUAAGAAUUGUAAGUAGUAUUGUACCUAGAUAAUAAUUUGAAUGUCUGUAUGACUAUGAGUUACCAAAAUGUAGUUAUUGUCAGUUUAAUUAGCUAUUUCUUAGUCAAUUUUCUUAUUGUGUAAGUAACUAUAGUUUUAUUGGAAUGUAAGCUGUAAAUA